UGGAGAUCGAUAAGCUUAGCUAUUUGCUUCAAUUGUGGUGAUCGAUAGGGUGAAGAGAGACUGGAUUUCUUAAUGCUGGUUUAGAUUAUCGCAAAUGGCUUAUGCUGCUGUAACUUCGCUUAAAGGAACACUCCAUCUACACUUCUUGCAAUCACAACCAAGCUUCCCUGUUCAAGACAACCAAGAGAUAGUUGAAUCUCUCCAUGAAAAUCUUGGUUUCCUCCAAGAAGUUCUUGAGAAAUCUGAGAUCGCCUAUGAUAAUUCGGCGAUGAAACGUUUAGAGGCAGAGAUGAGAGAUGUAGCAUUCAAAGCUGAAGAAAGGAUCGAGAUGGAGUUGAGUGGCAUAUAUCUAGCAAAGGGUUGGACGAAGCGUAUUCGUAUAAAGGCUUCCCUUCUCAGGCUUCGUGGAAUCUUCAAUCAAGCAGUAAAACAGACUGAUUACCUCAAGGAGUUGAUUAAAAUUAGUGCAAAGGGUCCAUCACAAGGUGAAAUGAUGCGACGAAGUGGACUACUCCUUGCUUCAACAUCAUCGCCGCUUGCUGAUCCAGAACGCCAGAAUAAUAUUCAUGUGAGUAAAUUUUCCAAAAUCGCUUCAAAGUUUGACAGUAGAAUGGUUGGAUGCGACAAGGAACUCAAGACGGUAUUGGAUAAGCUCAGGCGACAAUCAGCUGAACAGCUCCAAGUUGUAUCAAUCGUUGGCAUGGGAGGAAUAGGCAAGACCACUUUAGCUGGGGAAGUCUACAAGGAUCCAUCAAUUACAUCUUAUUUUUACAAGCAAGCAUGGGUUACUGUAUCCCAAGAGUAUACCGUGGUGCAAAUGCUCAGAUGCCUUAUUGGUUGUGUUAGUGCAUCAAGUGAUGAACAAAGCAGCAAUGACCAAGCCCAAUUAGCAGAAAGCCUGCGUAAACGCUUGAAGGGUCAGAGAUACUUGAUAGUGAUAGAUGAUAUAUGGAGCAUAGAAGCUUGGGAUAGUGUGCAAAGGUGCUUUCCAGAUGAUAAUAAUAGAAGCCGUAUACUAUUGACUUCUCGGCUGAGAGAGGUGGCUGAAUAUGCUGCUACUUCAGGUAACUCUAUCAUUAACCUGUCUUUCUUAGAUGCCAAUGAAAGUUGGAAUCUCUACUGCAAUGUGUUUGGUAAAACAGAAUUUCUUUCGGUGUUUGAGCAAAUUGGUAAAGACAUAGUGAAGAAAUGUAAAGGAUUACCUCUAGCUAUUACUUUAGUAGCUAGUCUUCUCUCCAAGACAGAGGAGAAGGUGGAAAAGUGGAAGAAUGUUGCAGAAAGUGUAAUUGGUGAUUCUAUUGAAGCAUGUUCAAGUGUACUAUCUUUGAGUUACAACCAAUUACCACACCCCUCUAAAGCUUGUUUUCUAUAUUUUGGGGUUUUUCCAGAAGAUUAUGAAAUCCCGGUAAAGAAGUUAGUUAAGUUGUGGGCAGCAGAGGGAUUUCUCGAGGCAGUGAACAAUAAGAAUCUGGAGGAAGUGGCCACGGAAUGCUUGCAAGAUCUUGUUGAUAGAAGUCUUGUUCUAGUUGGUAAACAGAGUUAUAAUGGCAAAAUCAAGACAAUUAGGAUGCAUGAUCUUUUGCGAGACUUGUGCUUAAGAGAAGCUCGAUGUGAAAAUCUCUUGAAUGUCAUUGGAAAUGAUUAUCAUGGUGCUGAUGUUGGACUAGUAAAACUUCCAUUUUACAAGAGGAAAUCACAUCACUUGUUUUCAAAAGCUUGUCCUUGGAUAAGUAUUAAUCCUAGAUGUUACUAUAUUCCAGUUGGAUCUAAGUGCUUUGACAAAUUCCAUUCCUUACACUCUGUUGAUCAUAUUGAUUUCAGGAUUAAGGUGCUUUGUCACUUCAAACUAUUAAGAGUAGUAGACAUGAAGCUUGGAAUCUGGAACAUUGGAGAUAAGAUGCUAUAUAUGGCAAAUCUUGUUCACUUGAGAUACUUAGCUUUGUCCCUAAGUGAAAAAGUAGGCCCUCUUAAACUAAAGUUCUUUGAGCAUUGGAAUAUGCAAAGUUUUAUUGUCCGUGGAUGUGGUGUUAUAUUGGAUUCCCGUGAGGCAUCUCGAAUUUGGAAAAUGCCAUUGUUAAGGAAUUUUUAUGUGGACAUAAAUCCUUUUACAUUAGAGGCUUCAGAGGUUGUUCAUAGAAACAUAGAGACUAUAUCUUGGUUGCAUCCGGAGUGUUGUACAGAGGAUCUUUUUAGAAGGAUUCCAAAUUUUAAAAAAUUGGGAAUUAAAGGUCUAGAGGAUUUUGAAAAUGAAAUUUCAGAUGGUUUCUAUAAUUUUGUGCACUUGGGGCAGCUGGAGAAACUAAGCAUCAAAAUGUGGCAUCUCGAACUUUCUAGUAGUGGCAUCCCAUGGGCAACUAGUUUUCUACCAAAUCUUAAGAAGCUCAAAUUGUUUGAGACUAGGUUGCCAUGGAGUGAUAUGAGGCUUAUUGGUAUGUUGCCGAAUUUAGAAAUUCUAAAAUUGAUAGAUGCUUGCCAAGGCAAAAAGUGGGAGACAUCUGAGGGAGGGUUCCGUCAAUUGAAAAGGUUGGUAAUUGAAAGCAUAUGUUUCCAAGAUUGGAAUGUUGUGGGUGAUCAUUUCCCUGUGCUUCAACACUUAGAGUUACAUGAUUGCCGUCACUUGGAAGAGAUCCCUAUUACGUUUGCCGAUAUUACCUCACUUGAAUUGAUUCAAUUAAAUAACUGCCGGGAUUCCCUUUUGACUUCUGCAAAGCGUAUUCAAGAUGAGCAGCAAAGCUAUGGAAAUGAAGCCCUCCUUGUUCGUUCUAAAUAUAUUUGGUAUUGAUAAAAGUAAACAUCUCAAAGGAAGGAUGUGAUGAGAAGGAAGGUAGAGAAUGAAUAAGGGCAGGUAUGCUGCAUUUGCAAUCAGACUCUUGGAUCUGAGUAUGAGAUCGAGUUUCUUGUCCUCUCAUACAUGAAGGCAUGCAAUCCAUGCCAGAGUGAGUCUCUUUUGCAGAUGAAGGGAAAGCUACCUGUUACUAUGCAAGUAAAGCGCUUUAAUUUGAAGCUUUGAGGAGGAUAUGCUACGUUGCCCAUCUGAGAUAGACUUUGUAAGAAGCUAAGUGGGGAGCUCAAGGAUGAAAGAGCAAUGUCUUCUUUGCAAACACCUUAAUUGGAUGAUCCAUUUAUUCUUAAACAAGUUACCAAGACAGAACUGGGUAUUUUGUUUAUUACUUACUAGUAUUUUCA